AUGCAUUACCCUCUACACAUUGUCGUUGUGUUGACGAGCCCAUGGAUCCUUCAGGAAUACGCGCAAGCGGCGAAAAAUGGUCUAAGUGCCGAAGUGCUGACGUCUUUCGCCAGAAACAUCGCCUCGGUUCUAUCGACGACCUUGCUCAGCGAUUACCAAGACUCACCUGUGAACCAGUCAUCGAGCGGUAACCUUCUGAAAAGAAUUCAAGAUGCGCAGCGACCGUUGGAGAUGGUCACCAAUCAGUCAGAAGGAUCAGAGACGAAUGCCUCCUUUGAUCGCUACCCUCGAUCCACUCGCGAAUCUUCUUCAAACGAAGGAGAAACACUAUUCCAGAAUCCUUACGCGACAAAUCCUCCACGUUAUUCAAAAUAUCACGAGUCGGUAUCCUCCUACAAACCGUACGAAUUCACCGUGAAUUCAAGAAUUCCUUACAACGAGGUGAACACACCUGGAAAUCUUAAUAUAAUCAAUACCAAAGAAAAUUCCGUCAACGAAGACGUUAAUCCACCUCCUCUCCAUUAUCCUUCUCUUGGAUUCAGAUACAAACCUGAACCCGUCGAUCCAUUAUCUGAUUCAAAUCAUUAUGCCAGAUUAGUAGAUCUUCAUUAUCAUCGUCUCUCGACUCAGAGACCCGUCGAUCCUCGGCAACAUUCGACAACACCCGAACAAGAGAUUAACACGGAUGAAAACGGGAAUAAUAACCAGAUUGCCAGGAUAACUCGAAGACCUUAUAAUCUCAAUUAUCGUGGCUCCUUUCAUAAUUCCUAUUAUACACCAGGGUUUCAAGGACAGCCAGAGUUCUAUCCUCGCGAGAGGCCCGUGGAAAGUGAGGAUCGAUACGUGACUCCGACUAAUGGGCGAGAUGAAAGUGAUCCAUCUAGAUUGGAAGAUCAGAAUCAAGGUCAAACUGCGUUAAAGGGAUACGAUUACGGCCCUCGUUUUCAUUACGGUUUACCUCCAUAUGAUGCUUUCUAUCACGGAUUUCCUGGAUUCUAUCCCCGCCCCUACAACCAUACUUUUCAUCCGGGAUAUAACAAAGAGACGCAGAGCGAUGGUAACGGAACCGGUCCACAACCGUACGGUCCACCAUCCUUUUAUCACGAUCCUAGGUUUGGUCCUCACCAACAACCAUUCUAUCCAAAUUUCCACGAGCACGGAAGACCCGUUCGACCGUCUCAGAAUUCAGCUGAUAAUCAAGGAAAUUCGGAACAAAUCGUUACACCAGAAAAUGGACAGGGUAAUAAUGCCACGUAUCACGGAUAUCCGCCAUUUGGAUAUCCACUACCUUAUGGCCCCCAUUAUGGGGGUCUCAAUUUGCACGGUUAUCCUCUGCUGCCAUUCUUCGGUGGUCUUGGACACGGAUUCCACGAUCACCUAUUCUCAGGGAUCAAAUCCGUGCCUUAUUUGAAUUUUUACCAUCACUUUCCAUCGGUUCAUUGGCAUCCUCCGUACGGUGGCCAUCAUUACGACCAUCGACCCGUGACGACGACUGAGAAGCCCGCAGAAAAGACUGUCAACGAGAACUCUGAGGCAUCGGCUUCUAACAGCGAGGCUGAAACGUUGUCCGAGAUUAAAUCUUCGGAGAGGACUCGAUCUUCGCCUUCGAGAGGAUACGAAAAACGCUUCUCCUCUGGAUUCGUUGCUAAAGAGGGCAGCAAAGUAGCCGGGGAUCGAAUGUUGAAUCAAUUGAUAUAA